UUUAAACACAAAGCAAAACUGCCCCCUUAGGGCUUCACCAAAGGAAAGAAAAAAAAAAUCUAUUGCAAGAAAAAAACACGGAGCUGAGGGAGAAAAGAUAUAAUAUUUUUUUGGGAUGUCUGUUUUAGCCCUGUUCUGGGACAUGCUUGGUGGUGGCAGAUAACUGUGCCUUCAACUAUUACUUGUGUGGAUGUGAAAGGGGUACCAUUGUGUCUUGCACGCAUUGCUGAGAGUAUCGCGUCGCCAAUAACUUUACCGGGAUACCCGGGGCUGCCGCCCGCACCGUGGCUAGAAGCAAGCGCGACCACUUGCGCUUACAAAAACGCAUCUGCACAUUUGGAAACGGAGACGCGCCGGGGGAUUCCAACGUUUUCCUGGGAUCCUUAAAUCCUAUUUAUUUUUCUAUUAUGCUUUAUGGUUUAUAAUCAUAUUUAAGGCUUUAAAUGACAUUUACUGGAUAUAUCACUCAGUAUAAGGCAAAACAUUUUUGAGGAUCAUCAUUCUGCUAAGGGUCUUCCAAAAGCUGCUGCGUCUGGUGCACAAGUAACUGGCUUCCAUACAAAUCAUUUUAAUGAGGUAACAGAAGGAAACAAAGGAACACCUUCCCUUUCCCCUACCCUGUCCCCAUUUUGUCAGUCCACAGACAAGAAAUGGGUCAAAAGAUCUCAGGGAGUAUAAAGUCUGUGGAUGUACGGGACCCCCCCUACAGACCAGUAAAGCGAGAACUGAGGGGUCCUGACUUUUGCAAACCUGCCAGAUUAGAUAUGUUGCUGGAUAUGCCUAUGGUGACUUUGGAAGUUCAGCAAAAGCACGCUUGGAACAAUGAGGACCGGUCUUUGAAUAUAUUUGUGAAAGACGAUGACCGUCUGACAUUCCAUCGUCACCCCGUUGCACAAAGUACUGACUGCAUCCGUGGGAAGGUUGGUUACACCAGAGGCCUUCACGUUUGGCAAAUUCAUUGGCCUACAAGGCAGAGAGGAACACAUGCUGUUGUUGGGGUAGCAACUGAUGAUGCCCCUUUACAUUCAGUUGGAUAUACUUCAUUGGUAGGAAGCAAUAGUGAGUCUUGGGGCUGGGACCUAGGACGAAACAAACUCUAUCACAACUGUAAAAAUCAACCUGGUGUUACAUAUCCAGCCUUUUUAGAACCGGAUGAAUCAUUUGUACUCCCAGACUCUUUGCUGGUGGUGUUAGAUAUGGAUGAGGGGACUCUUAGCUUUAUAGUUGAUGGACAGUAUUUAGGAGUUGCCUUCAGAGGACUUAAAGGGAAAAAACUUUACCCUAUCGUCAGCGCUGUAUGGGGACACUGUGAAAUUACAAUGCGAUACAUCAAUGGACUUGAUCCGGAGCCACUGCCUUUGAUGGAUUUGUGUCGGAGAUCUGUCCGGUUUGCUAUUGGCAGAGAACGUUUGCACCAAAUUGAGUCGUUAGCUUUGCCUCAGGCGUUAAAGAACUAUUUACAAUACCAGUGACAUCAUCACCCUUUCGCUAAGCCUCAGCCGGACAACUAAAGGAGAAAAUAAAGAGAAUUGUGCAACACAGCCGAUAUUGUUUACAUGGAAACAAAAUUCCUAUACGAUGGAUACCUAAACGUUAUUUAAUUUUGAAUAUAUAUAUUA